AAAAAUUAUAUUAAUGUGUUAGGCCUAGUGUUGCAUUAGAGUAUUGGUAAAAUGUCUGGUUUAAGUGCAUGUGUUCAUUAUUAGAAGGGUAAACAUUUAUGUUUCACCCUAUUUUGUUUCUGAAAUAAAUGUUUAUUUCUUGAAAUUACUAAUAAUAGCAUGAGUUGGGUUAGUAUAAGUAUAAACCACAUGUCUACGAUUUUGAAAUCGGGUCUCAUGUUAUCGUCUGUGGUUUCGACGCCAAGGCUCCAGCAAGGAAUACUUGCGAUAGCCAAAUAUCAACCCUUAAUCACUCAGAUGGCAAGUAUGAAACUAUGGCCAAUUCCACCGUCCUUUAAAGAUAUUGAUCUACCAGAGAAAAGGAAACUUCCUCAGUUAGAUAGAGUUCCAAUUAUACCAAGUAAUGUUAGAGCUCCAAAGAUGACCAAAAGGCUUAUUGACAUUCGAGGGCCAGAACUUGUUCAUAAUCAGUUGAUAUAUAAACAAUACGGUAUCAUUGCUUUGUCAGGAGGCAACUUGCGGUGGAAUCAUAUUGAGUCGAUGAGACUUGCUAUCAACAGGAAAAUGGAUUCAAAGAGAACAUUUGCUGUUUGGCGCAUUGAUUCUCCAUGGAAACCAAUAACAAGAAAAGGACAGGGAAAAAGAAUGGGAGGAGGAAAAGGAUCUAUAGAUCACUAUGUCACACCUGUUAAAGCUGGUCGUGUAAUAGUAGAAGUUGGCGGACAUACAGAGUUCCAAGAAAUUGAGCCAGUUUUAAAAGAGGUUGUUAACAAGCUUCCUUUUGAUGCUAUGCCCAUCAGCCAGAAAAUACUCGAAGAACUACUGGAAGAAGAACAACGAAUCCUGAGAGAUAAUGCAAACCCAUUCAGUUUUGAAUAUGUUGUUAAAAACAAGAUGCAAGGUUGUCAAAACUGGAUCAGUAGUUACGAUAACUAUUGGUUUGGAAGAUAUAUUUAAUUAUCAACAUUAAGUUUAAAUUAAUCUAUCACGGUACAAGUUCUGAAUUUUUCGUGGAUUAUUAAAUUUUUGUAAAAAUUAAAAGAGUGUGUGAUGAUUGGUCUUGUCUCUCUUUUAGCUGUAUCAGUUGCAUUUCAUUAAAAAAUAAAAUAAACCAUAUAAGCAAACAUACAAGGGUUUAAAUCCUUUUACAGUUAAUUUGAAAGAUUAUCCAAAAUUGGUCUUAGAGUUAAAGUGGACUUUAGGUUGACUACUUUAACAAACAUUUUAUUUCUAUGCAGAAAUAUAUUUUGAAAUUAGUAGACUUAUGAUUAUGUAUUGAUGAUUAUUUUUUAACAAAUUUUUGUGACAAGUGAAGAAAAUGCAUUUGGUAGACAGUAUUAAGUAUAACUUUAAUGUUUUACCGAGGAUAGUCAUGUAUGAAAUAGAAUUCAGCUUGUAUGUAUAUAGUCUCCAUAAUAGCUGCACUUUUAAUAAAUAGUUUUGUAUA